GUUGGAGACUAGAUUUUUCACUCACUUGACUUGCUUGACCAGCCCACCGCCUUUUUCUGUUUCCCCAUUUUUAACCCUCGUUAGCUCCUUGGCUCAGGGCUCAUCUUCACCAAGGUUUCGUCUUCUCUCUCACCAUCAGGUAAAACUCUUCCACUAACCCCCUGUUGUGACCUGUGAGCGUGCUCUUCCUUCUGCAUGUCUGUCUUUUGAUCCACAAAAAGCUUAAAGUAUUGAACUUUAGCUUAAAUAUAUUAAAUUAAGGUUAGAGUCAUAUUACAUUUUUCACCGAUUUUGUUGAAUUCACUUUGCUUUUUCCUUUUUAAAAUUUUUUAAAUCAUCAGAUGGUCUUUACGGAGAUCUGUACCCAAGGAUAUUUGUUUUCUGUUCAGUCAAGAUUCGGAAUUAUGGUGUUUUGGCAUGUUGCGAGCUUUCACUCUCUGGUUUUUGGUUUACAUAAAUGUGCUGAUUACUGAUUAGGGUUGACAAGCAAUUGAUUUUGACAACGAAAAAGAUCAUUUUUGUUUAUUUGGCUGUGAUUGCUAUUCUUUGUACGACUUACCUCUAAAAUACUUCUCUGACAAAGCCCUUGAGGUUAAAAUCCCAAGCCCAAUUUGGCUGCGGUUAUCUUCUUAUAAAGAAAAAGGGGUACGCUAAAAGUAUUUUAUUAAUCUAAUUAUGCAUUUCAAUCAGUGCAUUGUUAUCCGAGAUUUUUAGUUGCCUUUUAUAAUACCCAUUUUGUAGUGGGGCAUUACUAUAUACUACCAAUUUAGGAGUAACUAAUUGUGUUAGAGUUUCAUCUCAUUGUUAACUAAUUAUUUACAAUUAACUGACAGUUUGACACUAAUUUUCAAUUAUGACUAAUGAUGUGGGAACAGUUUUUUGUUGUAAUUAAUCAACUUCUAACUAAGUGGAACCUAGCUUGCCCUUGGUGCCCUCUUUGACAAACUUGUCAAGGUUGAUUCAGCGAUCCAAGAGGCUAAUUCUGUUCUUGAUAAGAUUUUUAUGCCUACAUUUUUCAGUUUGUCAAUCUCAAUGGCUGAAGUUAAAAUUGUUAGUUCUCAAGUAGAUGAUCUUUUUGCUGAUUGAAAGCCUUUGUAAUAGUUUCCUUUGAAAACGUUAUUACUUUUUGUUUUGCAGAUAACUGGUAAACCGGUAUUUUCAUCUACUCCAUACAUUUUUUAAGCGAUCAAAGCUAAUGCAGAUGGAGAAGAGUUGAAUAGAUAGAUAUACUUCUGUUUUCUUCUUUAUCUUAAUUAUCAUGGAGGAUCAAAAUGGUCUCAAUUUGAGCUUGGGCCUACCUUGUGGUAGAGUUACAGCCUCACAAAAAGGUAAAACUUGGAACUCCUCAAAUGACAGGACAGAAGAAGGUGAGAGAAAUAACAAUGUGAUCGGUGAUGUCAAGAAUUUUCUAGAUGGCGGUCCAAAAUUGCUUGAUUCUGUUAUUGGGUUGCAGAGAAGUGAUCUAGCUAAAAAUGAGGGAAGCUUCUUUAAUGACCUUUCCAGUACUGUCCACACAGAUCCUACUAAAAGGUUGAACAGUGGAGGAUUCUUGGUUCCAAAUGGCGGUAGAUAUAUUGAAGUAGAAGAAGUGGAAGAAAAGACAACAGAUAAAAACUUGUAUGGAGAGUCAAACAACAAGAGGAAACGCGACAGAGAUUCGCAUGACAAGACCAUGACAUCACACAUUUCGAUUAACACGGAUGAUGACUCAACUGGGGACAAUGAAGAUGUAACCGAUUCUGAGGCAGAAAGUAGUGACCAAGUUGAGAUUAAUAAUGAGGAGGUCAAUGGUUUUAAGAUUUCUUCAGAGAAGGAGGUCAAGUUUGGGAAUAUGUCACAUGGACCCCUCUUCUCUCAAUCGGUGAAUGUUAUAAACAUACCCUACUCUAUUCCUUUAAAAGAUAGUAAUGAUCCCAUUUAUUCAGGGACAAAUGCUCUCGUAAACUCAAACAUGCCAAGGAUGUUUGGAUAUUCUCAUGUACAAUUGUCCUCAGUGGAUGAAGGCAAAUUUUGUGCCCCGGCCUCUCAUCUUCACAGUCAACAUCUUCAUCCGACUAAUGCCCGAGGCUCUUUAAACUCUGAUAAGCACAGUGCUGACAUUAACAUAACUCAAGUGGUUGCAAUCAAGUCACCCAGCAAUGGAACACAUCCCCAUGCUGCAGAGGAAGGUUCAUCCAAAAAUGUAAAAGGAAACAACAACAUAAGCUUCAGGGACCCCGCAGACACGUCAUCUGAACGGCCCAAAGCAGGAGAUGGACUUCCUCCAACAACUCGUCUUGAUUUCUCCCUAAUCAAACCUGGUCUUGCCGCUAAUGUGAAAUUCGGUGGUUGCGGCUCUUACCCAAACCUACCGUGGGUUUCAACAACGGGGUCGGGUCCAAAUAGUAAAACCAUAUCGGGUGUCACAUAUAGGUAUAGCCCUACCCAGAUCAAGAUUGUGUGUGCUUGUCACGGAACACACAUGUCCCCCGAAGAAUUCGUAAGGCAUGCCACAGAAGAGCAAACAACCACCCAAGAUGGUGGUGGUGGUGGGGUAGUAUCAUCAUUUCCAAACAGCAACUAUGCUGCCUCGACUCAAAGCUGAGUGAAUAAGAUUCUUGAAGGCCGAAGACCAUAGUUCUUUGUGGCUUGUGAUAGGUUAACAGUCUGAUUGUAAUGUUGUAUGUAAUGUGGAUCCUUGACCUUUUUUUUUCCGAAACAUGAGAAGCAUAUUCACUUUUGUGUAUAUGCUGCUAUAUAUAUGUAUGCCUAUGUAUGUAUGCUGCAUGCAUAUGUAUAUGAAUAUGUGUGUAUAUACAGUCAUAGAGAGGUUGGUCCAAUCUGAAGUUGCGAAUGGGUUUCUGUCCGACUAUUCUGAGGUAAACCGUUGGAUAAAAAAGAUGGUUAGGAUGUUGAAUUUGAAUAGUAGGAACAUAAACUCAUCCGGAAAUUUGGACAUGAUCAACACUCUAUACACAGACAUGUAUAUAUAUUGUUUAUACAUCUCUCGCUCUCUGUAUACAUAUCAGCUUUAGAUGUGAUCCGCAUAGGGAAGGGGGCAAUGGUCAAUCCAAUUUUUGUGACUGAAACAUGCCGUUCUAUAUUUACAUUUUCAAUUGAGCAAGAUAAUGAACAUGUGACUAUAUGAUUACGGAUGUUUUAUUUGGACUGAAAUUAUAUAGUCUGAUUUGGUUUGGUG